AAAACAAAUGGAAAGAGGUGUUUGGAUACUAGAGAUCCCUAAUUAGCCUUUAAUCACAGUAUUUAUACAAAAUUCAGUCUCUCUCCAUUACAUCGACACCGCCAGUUAACAAACUAUGGAGAAAGAACACGGCGACCUUCUCCCACUGAACCCUACUCCGGCGGCGGCGACGACGACCGCAGUUGACGCCGGAGAUCAGCAGCCACUGCAGCAGUCAACUCGGUCACGUCCGAAGCGGUUCGUGAAGAACCAAAUGCCAGACUCCAUCCUAAACGAUGCAGCACUCAACGCCGCCAUAUCACUUCUACCUCAAAACUACAACUUUGAAAUCCACAAGUGCGUAUGGCGAGUACGGACUUCAGGUGCCAAGCGCGUGGCCCUGCAGUUCCCUGAGGGUCUCCUCAUGUACUCACUCAUCAUAUCCGAUAUACUCUCCACAUUCACUUCCGCCACUCACUGUUUCAUCCUCGGCGAUGUGACUUUCGGCGCGUGUUGCGUCGACGAUCUCUCGGCAGGAGCUCUUUCCGCUGAUCUCCUCAUUCAUUUCGGCCAUAGCUGCCUCGUGCCUAUUGAUUCCACCACUAUCCCAUGCCUUUAUAUAUUCGUCGAAAUCUCGAUCGAUGUUCACAGGUUGUUGAAUGAACUCAAACUCAAUUUUUAUAAUUCUGAUACGUAUGACAAUAUCAUUAUGGCUGGAACAAUUCAAUUUGCUUCUGCAAUUCGGGCGGUUAAGCCCGAACUUGAAAAAAUGGGGUUUAGUAUUUUGAUUCCUCAAGCUAAACCGUUAUCGGCUGGGGAGGUACUCGGCUGUACUGCCCCGAGUGUUAAGAACAGGUUUUCUGAUGGGGAGAAUGUGGUUUUGGUAUUUGUGGCUGACGGUAGGUUUCAUUUGGAGGCGUUUAUGAUAGCGAAUCCGGGGAUAAAGACUUAUAGAUAUGAUCCAUUUAUAGGGAAGUUGUUUGUGGAGGAGUAUGAUCAUAAGGGAAUGAAGGAGGAGAGGAAGAGAGCAAUUGAGAAAGCGAGGGGGGUGAAGAAUUGGGGGAUAGUGCUUGGGACAUUAGGUAGGCAAGGGAAUCCAAGGAUAUUGGAUAGGUUAGAGAAGAAGAUGUCGGAAAAGGGGAUGACUUGGACAGUUGUGUUGAUGUCGGAGAUAUCUCCUACGCGGAUUGCAUUGUUUGAGGAUGCAGUGGAUGCUUGGAUUCAGAUUGCUUGUCCGAGGUUGUCAAUUGAUUGGGGAGAUGCGUUUAAAAAGCCUUUGCUAACGCCAUUUGAGGCGGAGAUUGCAUUGGGUGAUUUGUCUGGGUGGUGGGAGAGGAAGACAUCAGUGAAUUCAGAUAUAUGUUGUGAUGAAGAUAUGAAAUGUUCAAAGAAUGAAUCUUGUGGUGCUUGUGAUAAUGAUGGUGAGAAAGUGAAGGAAGAGUCGCAAGUGGAUUAUCCGAUGGAUUAUUAUGCUCAGGAUGGUGGGGAGUGGAAUUCUUGCUACUCUAAGAAGCCUGCUAGACUUUCACACAGAAAUAGUCAAUCUUGUAAUGGUGCCAGUGCCAUCAAAUCUAAUAGCUGAGCUAACUUGUUCCAGCUGGACAUAUUGCUGCCAUCGUAAAUGGAGUUUACACUUCUAAAGUGCAAGCCCAGCUGUCCAAAUUUAUUCAUCAGUUCCAGUAGAAACGGUAUUUUUUUUUUUGAAGAACAGUCUGCCACUUUGUUAAGAUAUUUAAUAGGUAAAAUACAGUGGGCUUUCAGGGGAGGCUUAGAUCAAGUGAAUCAUUAUGGUGACAGUAAUCCGUCUUCGUGAUAGACUCGUCCUAGAAUGUGAGGGAUCCAGUUGCAUUUCAUAUAUGCAUCUUCUUUUUCUGUCUUUUCUUUCUACAUUCCUAUUGUUGUAGCUUCCUUGCAUCACAUAGGUUAAGAGAUGUGAGAUAUAGAAUGUCUGCUGAGUGAUGGUAUAUUAUGUCUCUACAAAGGUUGAUUGCAUAAAAAACUGGGCUUCUCUAUUUCUUAUCAUUCAUGUUAUAUGCUUGU